GCUUAACGUUAGCAUUGCCGCGUUAGCGCCGGUGUGAGCUGCUGUAACUUACAGACAGAGAUCAGUGAACACAUUUAGACUUUUUAAUCCUGUGUAGCCGGAACGAAACGUUCCUCUGACGGCGGCUUUCUGCCCGUGUUGUAUCGAGCUAACCGGCUAACAGCGGCGCUGUCAGAGAGCGGAGGUGGUUGUAGUUAAAUCCGGGGAUGAGACGGAGGUGUUGUUUAACGUGAAGCAGAAUGAGGGCUACUUUCUGUGUUAAAGCACACCAGCUGCUUAGCAGAGGGUUUAUUCACCCUGUCAGACCGUCAGCAGCAGUGCGAUGGCGAUCAGCUCCAUCCAGACUCCUCUGCAGCUCUCCACCUGAUGGAGAAAACAAGCCACCCUCCAUACUGCGUCACCUGACGUCCAAAAUAAAAGCCACGGGUCCGAUCCCGGUGGCCGAGUACAUGAAGGAAGUGCUCACCAACCCUGUGACGGGUUAUUAUGUGAGGAACAACAUGCUGGGACCUGAAGGAGAUUUCAUCACUUCACCAGAAAUCAGUCAGAUCUUUGGAGAGCUGAUCGGCGUGUGGAUCAUCAGCGAGUGGAUGGGAGCCGGUCGACCCAAACAGCUGCAGCUGGUCGAGCUCGGACCUGGAAAAGGAUCGCUGGCGAGUGACGUCCUCAGAGUGUUCAGUCAGCUGCGGUCGGUGCUCGGCGAGGCCUCGGUGUCGCUCCACCUGGUCGAAGUGAGUCCGGCUCUGAGUCUGCUUCAGGCUCAGAAUCUGACGGGAAACCGCAGCUGGGAGGCCGACGGAGAAGACGGUCCGGUUUACCGCCGCGGGGAGACUGAAGCUGGGCUGCCGGUGUCCUGGUACCGCCGCUUAGACGACGUCCCCACAGGAUUCAGCAUCUUCAUCGCUCAUGAGUUCUUUGACGCCCUUCCAAUUCACAAAUUUCAGAGGACGGAGAAAGGCUGGAGGGAGGUGUUGGUGGACGUCGACCCGGAGAAGUCGGACGAGCUGAGGUUUGUCGUGGCGCCGUCUUCGACUCUGGCCUCGACCACGCUCCUGCAGGCAGAAGAAAGGCGGGAUCAUGUGGAGGUGUGUGCAGAGGGCGGGGUCAUUGUGCAGCAGCUGGCCCGGCGCAUCGUUGAGGACGGCGGCGCGGCGCUGAUCGCCGACUACGGCCACGAUGGAGCCAAGACAGACACAUUCAGAGGUUUUAAAGGUCACCAGCUCCACGACGUCCUGUCCUCCCCCGGCUCGGCCGACCUCACCGCCGACGUGGAUUUCAGCUACCUGCGGAGGAUGGCGGGAGGAGGCGUGGCCUGUGUGGGACCCGUCACUCAGAGGGUGUUCCUGAAGAACAUGGGUAUCGACACCAGGAUGCAGGUUCUGCUGAGGAACUGCAGCGACCCGUCCACCAGGCAGCAGCUGAUCAGCAGCUACGACAUGCUGACCAACCCCGCCAAGAUGGGCGAGCGCUUCCAUUUCUUCAGCCUGCUGCACCCCAGCCGCCUUGCCAAACCCAAGAAACCAGAGGGGUUGAAGCUGGAGAAGAAGAGGAGUCCGGCACCGCUGCCUGUGGCCGGAUUCACCGAGCUUAGGUUCGCCUGAAAGAGACGGCGAUUAAACUUUUAUCACCAAUCAGAAGCAAGUGGAAAUAACCUCACUGUCCCAAACUUCUGCACCACACAGAAAGUAACAGUAUUUGUCCAAAAGGCACAAACGGGGUCAAGAGGUUAGCAGAGGUGAGGUGUAGCAGGCAGCUGCCUCACUGCUGACUUUACUCUGAGUGGGUGAGUCAGUAACUGCAUUCACUCCUUUCUGCUGUGAAGUUGGACAUUUGAACAUGGAAGUCUGUGAGGACUCACUCACUUUUGGGCAUUAGUGCAGUUUUUGGCGCAUUAACUAAAGUGUUUGUUGCACUCUGACAGUUUUAUGACCUGAAAGUAAAAUUUGA